CUGCCUGUCCAAUCAGAGUAGCCUAGAUGCGGUUAAAUUGAACUACAGUUCCCAGAGUGCCGAGUGUGUGUGUGUGGGGUGUAUGUGUGUAUGUGUAAAUCAUUUCCCAGAUUCAUGUGAAAAGCGCUAUUGGCUGAAGACGCGGCGGUCAACAGCGACAGCGGAAGAGUCGAACCUCGUUAAAGCGAAUCGAGAGGUGACCUUCGCGCGUCGGAAUCUGGCGAGAUCUGCCAUGGCUCAGAGUCCGCCGCCGCCAUUUGAUCCCUACCGACCCCCGGUUAUUGAAGGCUUUACUCCGACUUCGGGGAGUGCCGAACCCUUCCAAAGCAAGUUCGUGCGCAAGUUCCGCGAGAAUCCAUUUGUGCCCCUCGGCUGCCUUGGUACAGCUGGAAUUUUGACUUAUGGACUCAUCUGCUUCAUAAAUAAUAAACCCAAGCAAUCCCAGAUGAUGAUGAGGGCCCGUGUUAUAGCCCAGGGCUUAACUGUUGCAUCCCUAUUAGUGGGCAUGGCUGUUACAAACCUGAAGACAUCCAAGUGAACAAGCUGCUACUGUACAAUAAUAUGAAAAUAUUGUCCACUAACCGGGUAAGAACAAGCCUGCCUGCCUGCCAACACACCACAUUUUGCAGAAUGAUAUUUCAAUGCUACUUAGAAAGUGACUUUCCUGAUACCAAGGAGACCCAGUUUUGUUUAAUAACAUUAUUAAUGUAUCCCAUGAAUUCAAAUUUGCCACUGAUGUAUAACAUUGUGUAUCAUAGCCAUGUUUUAACCCUGUCUUUCUGAUAAAGCCAGUAAGAUUACCUGAUGCAAAUGAAGCAGAUUGGACGGAGGGCCUUUAUUGUCUAUUAGGCAGUUAUAUGGUUAAAAGUGCAUCAAAAAUAACACGUUUAUUAUGGCGAUUGGGUGUGAUGAACUACAUUAUGUUAGUGUUAAAGAAUCAAAGUUUUUAUUCUUGAUGUUAUUUUUUCUGAAAUUUUGUCACUGUCAAGGAUGGACAGAAAUCAAGAGGAAUCUAACUGAUGUAUUAAAAACCAUUGUGUUAAGACCUACUGAGUUAGUCUGAAACAAUUGUUACUUGAUAAGGUACUUGUAAUCUGCCUCACAUACAACUUCUGUAAAACUGCAGAUAACUAGAGUAAGACCUUUGGUUGAAGAGGGGCGCCAUUGAGCAGUGAGUUUGUUGAUGUAACAGCCUUCAUGCUGCAUAGUGAUAUCCCUGCCUGAGUUACUGGAUUCCUUUGGUGGAUUGGGGUGGAGUCGCCAAGGCUUCAACCUUCCCCCAGGUGGCAUUAAAUCAUGGGAAUCUUAGAAUUCAUGGCAAUUGUCAAGCUGACUUUCUCAUCAAGAUCCUGAUGCAAAGAUCAGAGGUCUUUACUUUUUGUUUCAGGGAACUUACUACCUGAACUGAGAGUUGUGGACAUUACCGUCAGUCUAUUACUGGGGACAUAUGCUCUGAUUGCUUUACAUUUUGCACACCUUGCAAAAUGGGAAGUGGAAUCUGUUAGACUAGACCAGGCCUGUCAAACUCCUGGCCCAUGGGCUGGAUGGGUCAUAUGCUGGCCAUGCCCACACCUGGUUUAGCGAAGUGGGGGGAAGUCCUGAUUCGUCACAUGAUGACGACGUGAUGACAUGAGUUUGACACCCCUGGACCAGACCAUCCAAGGCAACCAAUAAACCCUGACAAGUUGUAGAGGGAGGUUGGUUUUUUUUUCUUUAUUUCUAAGUAUUUGAUGAAUAAUUUGGCUGAGAAUUUGAUGGCUGGCUGAAAUGGACAUGUAGCAAAGGCCCUCAAACAGAUUACAUCAGUGCAUCCUUUCGCUGAGCAUGAAUCCUGAGGUGUGCUUUGAUUUUCCAGGGCACUUAGGAGAUGAAAUGCCAGAAGAGCCACCUAGAGCACUAUUGGAGGAAGAUGAAGAGUGAAUUCAACCAACACAAGUUAGAGCACUCUUCCUCUCCUUUUUAACAUCUGCUUGAGAACAUUGGGUGAGAAUUGGUUUGGGGUCAGAUACCAUCGGUUUGGUGAUAAUACUGAGUUGUUUAUCUCAACCCAAGGUUGGCAGAGAUCAAAAUCUUGUACCUCUAUUUGGAGGCUAUCAAGCUGUGUAUGUGUGGAGGAAGAGACUCAUUCAACUGUAACAAGCCACGUGGCUGUGGGUGUUGGAACUGGGUAUAUGUUCCAUCUUUAGGCCCAAAUGGGAAUCCAUUUCCUCCUGUUGCACAAUUUGGGGAUCUCCUUGGACUCACAGCUCCAGCUGAAGCAGGUGGCAGCUAUGGCCAAGAAGGCCUUUGCAGAAAUCCAUAUAGAUUGCACCAUUUUCUGGACCUAGAGGCCUUUCUAACAAGCACUCAUGCUUUAUUCACUUAUGGAUUAUCGCAUUAUGCACUACAUGUGGCUGCCCUUGAAGACCAUCAAAAGAUUCAACUGAUCCAGAAUAUAGCAGCAACUUAAGCAAUUAUGGGCAUGCCCAUGCAACACUCCUGCUUUGUGAGUUGUACUGUUUACUGGGAGGCUUCCAAGUAAAUUCACUGUGCUGGUUAUUACAUAAACGCAUCUCAUGAUAUAGAGACUUUUCCGUAGCUUCUGCCCAUACUUUGUGAUUAAACAGAUUUGUCAUAUUCUUAGCCAUUAAACAGUAUCAUUAGACGGCCUUCUUGGUCACAAUACCUGCCCUCUGGAACAAUAUCCUAUUUGUCCGCAUGAAGACCUUGUUGAAAAAAUGCUUUUAAAAGCUGGCUUUUCACCUAGGUCUUGGGCUGGAUUGAUUCAGGCCUUUGAGUGUCACACGGGUCCUUGAGAAUUUUUGGGGGGGUUUCUGUAUGUCUCUCUCUAUAUAUAUAUUGGUAUUCUUUAAUUAUUUUACUAUUGUAUGUUGCCCAGAAUCACAACAGCCUUAUAUAUUAGUAAGUAAACUGGCCUAUUGUCCCCUCCCUCCACCCAAUUUCAUUCCAAUUUAAAUCUUGUAUUUGAGUAGCCAUUCCAGGCAUAUGAAGAACGGAGUUGUAUUUCAUAAAAGUUUAUCUUUUAAUAAAAUUUGCUAGUCUGAAAA